AUGUCUGACAGAGCUCAUCCGAGUCACAUCUCACAUGCACAAUCCACCCUUCCUCACCAACAUCUCCCCAACCCCAGCUGCCCCAAAUCCAAAUCCAAACAGUCCUCAACCUCCCAAUCAAGAUCAAGGUCAAAAACCUCCUCCCAAUCACCCUCCCUCCAAUCACCUUCCUCACUCCUUGUAGGACGAAUUGGAGGUGAUGGUGGUGGAUUUCCGGUUGGACGGAUCGGUGGUGGCGGAUUCCCAAUGACAGGCUUUGGUGGGACGGGAGGGGGGAAGAGGUCGAGGGAUUUGGGUGCGUUUUUGGCUAGGCGGGGGGAUGAGGGUCGGGUUGGAGAUGGAGGUGGAGAUGGGAUGUGAGCGUUACACGACCUACUGAUAUUUUCUGGGGUAUCCCGAACUGUUCUUUCACUCCGGAUCUGUUAGAUAUACCCUCCCCUCCCAGAUAGUACGACCACGACUACUUCUUAUAUGCUUAUACACUUAAUAUUAUAUAUACUGGACGGGUG